AUGAAUUUUCCUAAUUUGAGUAAGAAAAUAAAUUCUACAGUCAGUAGUAAUAAACCCUAUUCGUCGUCAGAUGAAAAGGGAAGUGAACAUAUAACUGGAAAUUUUGAUCCUACAGCUUUAGAAAGAGGUGCUAAAGCAUUAAAAGAAUUAGAUCAGUCAUCUAAUUCUAGUAAAGCUUUUGAAGUUAUAAAAUUACAAGAAUUAACAAAACAAAAAGAAUAUGAGAAACAAAUGGAAGAAUUAUCUUUACAACGUGCUCAACAUAUGAGCAAUCGUAUGAGAAUGGAAAAUGAAGAAAAAAGGAAAACAAUUAAUUAUCAGCAAGAACAAGAACGUAUUACAGCUGAAUAUAAAACAAAAUUAGAAGCUGAAUCUUAUCAGAAAAAACUUCUUGAUCAACAAAAACAAAACGAAGAAUGGUUACGGAAUCAACAUGAACAAUAUUUAAGACAAGAAAAUAUUCGAAAAAGAAAUGAAUUGGAAUUAAUGAAUAUAAAAAUGAAACAAAUUAGAGAAGAGAAAAAAUUAGAAAGAGAAAAUAUGAAAGCUAGGAUUUAUGAAGAAAAUAAAGGUUUAAUAGAAAGAGAAAGAAAAAAUCUAGAUAUACAUUUAACAACAUUAAGAACUAAAGCUGAUGAAGAAAGAAAAACUAAAUUAGAAAGUAUUAAUAAAUAUUUUGAACAAUUUAAUAAUUCUUUAUUCUUAUUUUUAAAUGAUAAACAAAAACUAUAUAGAUUUGCAUUAACUGUUACAUUAACAUCUGUAGGUAUAUAUACAACCAAACAUACAACCAGACUUAUUAGAACAUAUGCAGAAACAAAAUUAGGAAAGCCAAAAUUAAUAAGAGAGACAUCUCUAUGGCAUAUUAAUAAAUUCUUUGAUAUUUUUAAUUUUAAAAAAAAUUUUGCAAUUAUCAAAAAUUAUAUGUAUCCUUUUAAAAAUAACCCAUAUAAUAAUUUUAAAUUUUUUGAUAAAAUAGUAUUAAAUGAAGAACUUCAAGAAAAAUUACAAUGGUCAAUAAAUAGUUUAAAGAAUUCAAAAAAAUAUAAUCUAUAUUUAAAAAAUAUUCUUUUACAUGGACCACCAGGUACUGGGAAAACCUUAUUUGCAAAAACACUUUCUUAUCAUAGUAAUUUCGAUUAUAUAAUUAUUAAUGGUGGAGAUGUCAGUGCAUUAGGUAUUCAUGCAUCUGUCGAAUUAAAUAAAAUAUUUGAUUUCCUCAAAAGAAGAAGAAAUAAAAAAUGUAUUAUUUUUAUAGAUGAAGCAGAAGCUUUUUUAAGAAAAGGAAGAAAUGAAUCAUCUCUACAUUUCUCUGAGAGCUUAAGAAAUGCAUUAGCAACAUUUCUUUAUCAUACAGGCACUGAAUCUAAAAAAUUUUCUAUAAUUCUAGCUACCAAUUGUAAAGAUAUUCUAGAUCAAGCUGUUCUAGAUCGUAUAGAUGAACAAUAUAAUUUUGAUAACCCAAAUAUUAAAGAAAUACAAAAAAUGAUUACUAUGUAUUUUAAUAAAUAUGUAUAUCCUUUAAAAAAAUAUCAUAUUACUAUAGAUUCAUCUAUUGAUCAAGACUAUCUAUAUAAUCUUUCUAAUAAAUUAACUGGAUUAUCAGGAAGACAAAUCUCUAAACUUUGUCUUAAUAUUCAAAGUUGUGUUUUUGGAAGUGAUACAAAAGUUGUUACAAAGGAAUUAAUUGAUUUAAUAACUGCAUGGCAUUUAAGUAAUUCAAUUGAAGAAAAAAAUAAUAAUAAUAUCACAAAAAAAAAUGAACAAUCAAAUUAUACUUCUUCUGAUGAUAAUCCAAAUUUUAAACUUAAAAAUAAUCCAAAUGUUAAUAAAACAAAAAAAAAUGAAAACGAUCAUAAUAUUGAUAAUAUACAGAAUGAAAAUAACCAAGACAAAAAUGAUCAACAUUCAAAAAAUAUUAAAUUGAAUAAUAAUUCAAAUCAACAUUCUAUAAAGAAAAAGGUAUUAAUAAAUGAACAAAUUUGA